UUCGUACGUCCAACGUGUGUUAAAGUGAAAGCAAAUAUUCUGCCGGUGACGGUGCUUGCCAAAUCAUGGCAGUUGAAAAUGUUUUCGAUCAAAAUCACACCGUGAACUUAGAAAGCAUGACAGCAGAAGAAAAAGCUAGGUACUUACAUCAACAGAUGCAUGAGAAACAUAAAGGCCAUGAAUCUAUGCAUGCAUGGAUGAUCCUCAUUUUGCUCAUUACAGUUGUUGUUUCACAAGUUCUGUUAGUUGAAUGGAAAAAAAGAUAUAAUCGUUCUUAUCAGAGAGUGUCUCUACUGGCAAUGUGGCUUAUACCUGUUAUAAUUUCUGUAAAUCAUGGUUGGAUACGUUUUAUUAUUACAUGGGCUAUUUUCACUAUUCUUACUUGUAUAGUGAUAAGUCGUGCUCUUCAGAAACCAAUUGCUGGUAUGACACCAAGGUUGGUUUAUAAAUGGUUUUACCUCAUCUAUAUGAUAAGUUACGGACUUGGUGUUGUAGGUUAUAUUAUUGUACUCCUAACACUUCUUGGAGUCAACCUUAUGUUCCGAAGCUUACCCCAACCAUGGAUGGAUUGCGGCCUUAUGUGUCUUUUCUAUGGUCUGUACUAUGGUGUCUUAGGUAGAGAUAUAUCUGAAAUUAUCACAGACAAGAUGGCUGCCACCAUAGGGUAUUAUACUACUUCAGGUAUACCAGACAGACAGUUAGAACCUAAUAUAUGUGCUGUUUGUGGUAAUACAAUUCUAGUCCAAGAUAAUUCCACUGCCAUUGUAGAGAAAACAUAUAAUUUAACUUGUGGUCAUACAUUUCAUGAAUUCUGUAUACGUGGAUGGUGUAUAGUUGGAAAAAAGCAAACAUGUCCAUAUUGCAAAGAAAAAGUUGACCUGAAAAGGAUGUUUUGUAAUCCAUGGGAAAAACCACAUGUAUUUUAUGGUAGUUUGUUAGAUUUUAUUAGGUAUCUUGUUGCUUGGCAGCCAGUUAUCUUUACUGGAGUUCAGUUUCUAAAUUAUUCUUUAGGAUUAGAAUAACUUUUGGAUUUUUAAAAUACAAUAAAUUUCAAAUUCAUGAGCAA